AUGCUCACCGUCGCCACGCAGUACAAAACGGUGGCCAUCUCGAACGCUCUCAACUCCGACUUCCUCAACAUUUUACUUCGUGGUGUUGCGAUUGACCCGGAUCCGGCGAUUCGCAUUAUUGUACAAAAAAUACUGCACACUUUAAUUGAUCGCCACGGGAACACAGAACGGUUACUGCAUGUUCGAACUUACUUGGAUCUUCCACUUGAAGGCUACUUCGUGUGGGAAGAGCCUUCUCGACAGGAUAUAUUGUUCAUGAAAAAGACGGGUGUUCUAUUGACUGAGAACAUUUAUCAUCAACUGCUCGAUCCGACGAACAAGGUGGACUGCUUAGAGCACCUAUUCUGCACCGUCGGUUUGGUCGCUUUGGAAAUGGGCGCCGAACAAGUGGUUGGCGAACUGUUUCGACUCAUCUUAGCGGUGCAGAAGAAAAUCACUGACGAGCCACCCACUCUGCCACUUCCACACCGGUGCGCACUGCACGCAUUGCUUGCCGGAAUCAUCUCACUUUUAGUACGGUUGACGAAUCUUCCUGGCCUACUCUCACAUGUUGAAGAGGUCAGUUUUGCACACACGUCCUGUAUAUGCAAUUCACCUCGAUCACCAAGGAUGUGGCAGAUUGCUCUUUCUAUGCGUUGA